AAUAUUUGUUGACAUGAUCUCGUGGACACGUCGAUCUAUUAUUAACGUAUUAACAUUCGGAUCAACAUAAUCGUCACUUGUGUUGUGCAGUUCGCGCCUCGUCCUACAAUUCGCUGCAGAUAUUGUAAACAUUUUUCAAAGGUUUUAUCGUAAAGGUUUUUCGUCCGAGUAACAUUAAGGCUGCAAGAUGUUCAUCUUGUUAGUUCUUAUAUUCGUGGCCUGUAGUUACUGGUGUUACUGGUCACUCAACUCUCGGAAACUAGAUAAAGCUACAGAGGACCUACCGACUCCACCGGCGAUGCCCAUCAUUGGACACGCUAUGAUGUUUCUUGGAGACCCACAGAGUCUAUUGCGGAAUAUUGAAGACAUAGCUCAAAUAGCAAUCAAAGAAAAGGGGGCAGUGAAACUAUGGCUGGGUCCAAAACUCUAUGUGGCAUUACUUAAUCCAAAAGAUGCUCAAGUAGUUCUGGAGAACUGCCUUGACAAAGACGGCGUUUAUCGUUUUCUGCGACCCUGGUUGGGACAUGGACUUUUCAUUGCACCUUUAGGCCUAUGGAAGUCGCAUAGGAGAGUAUUGAUACCUGUAUUUCACAACAAAGUGAUUGAGGAAUAUUUAGAGGUGAUAUCAAAACAGGCAGACGUUCUUCUGGAACGACUUGAAGAGCAGUCAGGGAAAGAAAAGUUUGACGUUCUUCCAUACAUCACGGCCUGCACUUUGGAUAUCGUGUUUGAGACCUCUAUGGGAGAGCGAAUGGACGUUCAGCAUUCGCCAGAUACCCCGUACCUGCAAGCUCGGCAUGACAUCAUUUCCACUAUCAACAUGAGGCUGUUCAAGGUUUGGAUGCAGCCGGAUUGUAUCUUCAAUCUCACCCGGUACGCUAAGCAGCAAAAAAGGAACAUACAAUUGACGCAAAAGUUCACAAAUGAGGUCGUCCAAAAAAGGCGUAUUGAAUAUGAAAACAGUAAGAAAGACCAAACAGCAGCCACGUCAGGAAAGAAACUGAAGGCAGUGUUAGACCUUCUGUUCGGAAGAGAAAUAGAAUUCACGGACGAACAGCUUCGAGAGCACAUCGACUCGAUAACAAUAGCGGGGAAUGAUACUACGGCUCUGGUUAUUGCGUACACCAUGAUGCUGCUGGGGAUGCACCAAGAUGUUCAAGAAAGAGUUCUAAAAGAACAAGAAGCUAUAUUUGGUAAUUCUAAGCGAGGAGCGACCAAGGAAGACUUACAACAGAUGCACUUACUGGAGCGAGUUGUCAAGGAGAGCAUGCGUCUGUACACAGUAAUACCUGUCAUAGCCAGGAACAUCGACAAGACUGUAUUUUUGCCUGACUGCGGUGUAACUCUACCAUCAGGAACUAGCGCAGUUGUGGGUGCAUUCGCAAUGCAUCGAUCCAAGGCUAUAUGGGGCUCUGACGCGGAUGAGUUCGACCCUGACAGAUUCCUUCCAGAACGUUCGCGCGAUCGUCAUCCUGCCGCUUUUAUGCCAUUCAGUUAUGGCUCCAGGAAUUGUAUUGGUCGAAACUUCGGUAUGAUCAUCAUAAAAAGCAUACUAUCAAGCGUUCUAAGAACAUACAAGAUCGAAGCUGAUGAAAUUGGUGCCCUAAAGAUUGAGAUGCUUCUUUUCCCUGUGAAUGGGCACCAAUUACGUGUCAUCAAACGGGAAAUUGUAAAUUAAUUAAAUUAAAAUUAUAAUAUUCUGUAUUUUUUCAGUAUUAAUAAUUUUAUUAUAUAUCUCUAUACUUUGAAUAAAAUAUUACAAGAAA